CUUGGAGAUGUGAUUACCGAAGAUGGUUCUCUCCCUGAAGAUCUCGAUGAGCCUGUUGCGUCGAUUUUCCAUUUCGAAGGAGUAAGAAAAUAUGAAGGCAGCGAAAAGUCCAAACUCAAAUUCAUGAAACAAUGCGGAAUUCUUCGAUUAGCUAGCGGCAUUCGUGUUGGCUAUGUGUCUGGUAAAUUGGAUGACAUUGAAUCUGACCUGGAAAAGGUAUUUGCAAACCAGUUCCUGGACAUCCUUGUAACCUACCAAUGGCCAACCACUAUUGCCAAAGAAGAGAAAUUGUCUUUGGUGGGAGAUUCUAGAUUGAAUGAUCUGCUCGAAUGGACUCGCCCCCGAUACUGGUUCUGCGUCGGCUCUAACAAUGGCAGAUUUUUCGAGCGAUUACCGUUCAAAUGGGAUGAUGACCGUGUUACAAGAUUCAUCAGCCUAGGACAACAAGGGACCCAAGAUAAGUGGUACUAUGCUUUUAAUUUAAACCUCGAUCCUCUAAUGGACAAAGAAGGAGUGGCGAAAUUUGGCGAGAAGCCUCAAAUAAGGCAAAAAGAAGCUCCUUUUGAAAUUGAGAGUCACAAGAGGAAGCUUGAAGGCCCUCAGGAGGUGAAGGUAAAGCGAGAGAAGAGAAACGUUGCGCCCGACAAUUGUUUUUUCUGUGUCUCCAAUCCUAAAGCUGAACUACAUAUGAUCAUUUCGAUCGCGGACUAUUCAUACAUGACUGUUGCCAAGGGUCCCUUAACUACAAGAGACAAAUUAGGGUUCUCAGGCCAUGGCUUAAUCAUCCCAAUUGGUCACUAUCCCGCAUUCAGUAAAUACAGAGAUGCCGAAGAGCCUGAGAAGAAAGUUGAGGAAACUAAAUUAUUCAGGGAGAUCGAACAGUACCAGAAGUCCGUCGUCUCGAUGUUCACAUCUCUUGGCGACUACAAAGUGGUCUUUUGGGAAAUCUCUAGAACAAAUGCCAUUCAUCAUCACAUUCAAUUCGUUCCCUUGGAAGCCAAACUUGAGCAACAUUUUGAGACACAGAUGAAAAAACAGAUCGCAUAUAAUCAGAAAAAGUAUGGCUCCAACCUAGUUUACACCAAGGACAUGGAAAGUGAGAAGCUUUCCCAACUAAUCAACAACGGGGAUUAUAUGCAGAUUCGCAUAGUUGGUCCAGAUUCUGAGACCACGUACGUUUUUGAGCUGAUAGAAGAUAACGUUGAUCUUCAGUUCCCGCGUAGAGUUCUGGCAUUUCUAAUGAAACUAGGACGCAGAGUUAUUUGGGAUAAAUGCAGAGAGACUCUGCUGGAGGAAGCGUCUCAAAAGGAUAUUUUUCGGGAAAAGUUCCAGCCGUUUGAUUUCUCCAAAGAAAAAAAUAAUAAAUAA